GAAGAAUUGGCCUGAAAAUUUACAAUAAACUCUAUCAAUUCAGCAAAAUAAGAGCAAACACUAAGAUCUUUGAAAAUUAACAAUUGGUAUCUUUGUGUACGAGAUUAAAUGACUUUAAUAAUUCAAAAAUAACAGAACAUGGAAUUAAUUUCUGGAGAAUGUGUUGACAGACCGGAUAAUGAAUCAACUUUGUCUGAUAAGAAAGUUAGGUUUGUUUUACCAGACAUCAUGAAAGAGCAGACGUACGGCUGGUAUCCAUCCGCCAAGGAUGUCUAUGUUGAUAGGCGGAUGGGUGUUCCAAAUGAAUACCCACGGUCUCCUUCUAUGUUGUCAGAACUUGAAGCCAUGUACAAGUAUCAAAACAGUAACUACUAUACAGCACCAAAACCACCUUCACCACGGCCACCGAAAGGCUUCCGUCCAUCACCAACUCCUAGCAAACGUCCAAUGUCUAGUGUCUCGAGUCACCAUUCUAGAGCAGGGAGUAAACAGUCAGCAUCCUUGCAAAUACGAGCCAAAAGUGCACCGAUAUAUGACUUCAAACCCGUACCUAAAUUACAAAUACCUACCCCAUUUCAAUGUUGGUCAACUAAAGUAGCGGAAACUUCUUAUGGUGUGCCAAUACCGACAGAGUUGGAGCCAAGGACACCAACUCCAUCAUCAGCGUUUCAACCAGAGAAUGGUGUAACAAUCAUACCGACAUCAGAAUAUCAGGAAAUAUCAGAGAGGGAAAGCUUCGACACUAAACGAGAAAGGGUGAAGAGUGCUGUUAUACCUAGACAGAAACCUACACCUCCCCCACGACCAAUCAAAUCUGCUGGUUCAAACAGAUACCAGACGCCAACAGACGACAUACGUCAGUUACGACCAAGGAAUCCGACACCAAAGUCAUGUGUACCUGACUACGCAGAUACCGUAUCCCGAGUGGCAACACCUGAUCAAUAUGAAAGAGACAGAGAAAAAUAUGGCUGGAGAGCUGAAGUUCAUGGCGAUCCACUCAAAAUAAAGAAAGUGAUGAAGAGACUGCCGUACUAUGUACAAUGUGAAGAUCCCGUCAUACCGCCAAAUCCUCCUAAGGCUUAUAUGGAAAAUAUGGAGACUUUCUUCUAUAAUACCAUACCACGUAGACCAAUGGCAUAUACAAUACACAAAGAAUGGGUAUCUGAAGUCAUCCAUGCGAAACGUAUGGAACUUCAAAAACGAGAAGGACUUAAACAUAGAUGGAAGAAUUUCGCUUUUGUAUAUUAGGGAUAUUAGGAUAUAUCAAUUAAUAUAAACAAAUUGUAGCAAUAUAUUUUCCAUUUUUCGAAGUUUCGACAUUGACAAGAUGUUAUUGUACAUGCAUUUAGGCUGGGAAAAGUGUUGCUCCUUAGAUAAUGUUAAUUUACUUUAGUGUGAUCAGAGCUUUUUGGAUAAUUAUGAACAGUUUUUUUUUCGUUGAAAGCCUCCUAUUGAGGUGUAAUAUUUUGUUCAGCAAAUUUUUAUUCUUCAUUUUGAAUUUUGCCCCAAGGCACAACAAAGUUUCAAUAAAUAAAGGCAACAGUAGUAUACCGCUGUUAAAAACUAAGAUUGAUGGUAAUUUUUUUUUAGUGCUGUUGAAUGCAUUUGUAUUUUUUCAAUGCCGAGAUGUUGAAAUUCUUUCCUCAAGAAAUCACAAUCACAAGCUUUCUGAAAAAAAAUACAGUUAUUAUUUUGCUCGAAAAUGAGUAUAAGACUUUAAAUUACUUUUUUUUGUACUGGAAUUAGUGCUGUUCAGAAACUGCCCAAAGGUUCUAAGAUGUUUAUCUAAAUCAAUGUUUUGAAAUAUUCUGUGAUAUUUUUAUUUGUACAAAUGUAAAUAAGAGCUUAUAUUUUUAACUGUGUAUAUGUAUUAAGUGCUGUUAUGUGAUAGUUAUGAAUACAGUUUUAGUGUGUUCCUAGUGAAAUGAGUGUCAGAUGGACAUCGUGUCCAUUAUCCAGCACAAAGUACUAAAUGAUACAAUGGUCAAAUUAGAUUACACUUGUGUAUAUAUGUUAUAUGUUGUUGCAUUUAAAAUAACCAUUUCCUAUUCGUCGAUUUUUGAAAGUUAUUUUGAUAGCUUCUGCAAAGUCAUUGUAAUCACAAAAUAAUGUUUAAUCUCUGCAAAACUUUGAUCCCAAAUAUUUUGAAUAUCUUUUCUUCUACAUGAUACUGAAUUUUACAAUCUGCGUAUAGUAAGUUUGUCAAUUAAAACUUUUGCAUGAGUGUAAAUUUAUCUAUAUUGAGAUCUAAAUAUCUGGUUAAAACACUGCAAUUCACAAUUUGUUUUUUCCCCCUAAGAUUAAUAUCAACACAUUUAUGGAUUUUUUUCAGUGCGAUCUUUAUUGUGGAUCAAACGCUUACACAUUUCUCGAUCUAAAAAGCAUAUCAUGAUUCCUUUUUAUGGAUUAUUUUCAAUGUCAACUUUGUAUAAAUUUUAUCUUUUAUAGGUAUGAAUCUUUAUCCUUAGUUCAAAAUUACUAGAAAAGCGAACUACCAUAUUGGAAACAAAAUUUCAUUGUUCAUACAGCAAGUUUAACUCCAUCAACAUUUUUUUUUAAAGAAAGACGCUAUCUCAGAAAUCAGAAUAUCAUGAAAAAAUAACAUAUGUAUAUGUUUAAUAUUGCAGCACUAUUGCACUCUCUUCUACCUCCCUUUCAUCUAUACUCAACCAUCUAUUUCUCAUUUUAAUAAUCAUGAUAUGACUGUGUAAGGGAAAUAACUCUAUCUAAAUUGAAGACAUACUUUUUAUAUACAUGUAAAUGUACUAAUUUAGAUAAAACAUGUAGAAAACAUUUCCGAAUGACAAUAUUUGUCAAGAUAUAAAAUACUUAGAUAAGUUACAUUUAAGUUGAAUAAUCUAUUAGUACAUGGAAUGAUAAACUUGACAAUGCCAUGAAAGAAAAAAAAACAAAGUAUAUUAUGUAUAAUUUAUAGAUAUGAUUAUGUUUAAAAUAAUUUAGAAUAAACCAACUGUUGAUAUUG